CUAAGUCUUUACGUACCUAUCAAAGUGUCAUGUCGUUUGAGUCAGUUUGGUUAUUUGGAUAUUAGAUUUACACAGAAAAAAAAACAUCUAAAAUUCGGUCAUGUACAAUUUAACAUAACUUUAACUUUUGUAAUGCCACGUAGUUCAAGAACAGAAUGAACGAUUUCGGAAAUCUGGAGAAAAUCAUUGUACGUGAACUGUCCUGCCGUUUGUGUCUUUGUACUGAUGUAGUGAAACUCAAACCUCUCAGCAAUGAAGUAAAGAGAAAACUCAAGAGGUUAUUCGAUAUAACAGUUAGAGCAGACGACAACCUACCCAAGGCAAUAUGCCACGAUUGCCUGCAACAAGUUUCAACUCUACAUUUGUAUGCCGUGAAAGUAGAAAAAACCCAAAAAUUCUUAGAGUUUCAUAAACAAAAAUCAAAAGGUGAAAAACAAGAUGGCACAACAAAUAAAAUGACACCAUUAAUAGGAGCACUCUCAGUCGAAGAUUUAAAACAAUCUAAUAAAAAUUCCGAGACAGCUAAAUCAAGUCCCUCGCCAGAACGACAGCAUGGAGACACAAAAAUAUCUAAACAAAAACCUGUUCAGCCUGUUCUCAAAAAAUCUCCUUUGGACAUGAAGCUAAUGGAAGCCAUGUCACUCGAUGAAUUUGCGAUUACUGAAAAAGUUGAUAAAAAUCUCUUAGGUACAAGUCCAAAAAACAGGCUUUCUCCCAUCAUAAGAACUAAAAUAGUGAAACAAAAUAGUCCGAAAGCUGAGCAUCUUGAAAUCGGCAAUAGCACAUUAGACCCUGUGGUUCUAAUAGAUGGAAAACCUGCCAAACAAGGCUCCGCUUUGGAUAAACAAAUAACGCUCUUUUACAAAAUGGAGUGCUGUGUGUGUCAUGAGAGUGGUUUCAAUUUUAGAUCUCUGAUGAAACAUUAUAAAGAUAGACAUGGUGUUCCCGGUUAUGUUACAUGUUGUGAAAAGAAAUUCCACUACUUUUAUCCCAAGAAAAUUAUCGAGCACAUGGCUUAUCAUCUACAGCCAAACAUUUUUAUGUGUCCAAGUUGUCACCAUAAUUUCCAAACGUCACAAGAACUAUCAGAACAUCAAAGCAACGGUGGUCGGUCUGAAGGAAAAAUAAUAUGCCCAAGAUGUACAGAACGGUACCCUACUUACCGCGAAUUAGGAUGUCAUAUAAUCACACACAGGACUGAGAGAUUGCAGUGCGAUUAUUGUGGCAAAUUUUUAAAACAUCACCACCGCAAAAAGACUAUAAAUCACAUGGAAGACGUAAUAUUGUGUUCGCAGUGCACACGAUCACUGAAAAACAUUGAUAAACAGGAAAAAGAAAAUAAAGAUAAAACGAAAGCAAAAAUCAGUGAAGCAACGUUGCAAAAGUAUCAAAAGUUCAGACAAGCAAUGGGACUCUCUGGUGACGAAGACGGAUCUACCGACUAGAACUUUUGGCCUGUUAAUUACCAACACUUUCCACGCAUAUUAAAAUUGGUUUAUUUAGAUUUUCACGCUUUUUAGAGGCAUUCCACAAAUGAAACAAUUUAGCGUACCUAUUAAAUCUUUAUUUCAAAUAUCAGUAAAUUCUUAACCUAAUUAGUACUCCGCAACUUAUCAAUACAUCUUAUCUACUCUAGUCUGCGUUUCUUGACCAGCGACCCCAGUAAAUCUGAAAUAGCUGGUAGAUUGUUUGUUUGGUCGUUCGCUCCCGUGUUAAGAUUGGACAGUGGUAUAUUCAAUUGAUUUGACGUCGCCUUUGUUUGUCCUUUCAUAUUUCUAUGUUGUGGGAAGCUGGGCAUUAAUUUCGGAUCGCACGCUGCAAAUGAAACAAGAAAUCGUUUAUAGUAAAUGUUCCACUAAAACAACUAAAUAUAAUUAAAAGUAAAAAAACUAUUAAAAAA